AUGCCCCCACCGCCUCCGCACUUCAUGAUGCCUCCUUUCCGUCCUUCAAGCCCUGGUGAAGGACCCAUUAUCACAGGACCUGAGUCCAUUUACGGGACAAUUCCUCGACGAAGCGCCUACGAGGAACCCGUCUACAUGCCAGGAUCACACGCUGGCCCACCUGAUUCCUCCUAUCAACCGGCAAACUAUCCCAGCGACCAUUACGAGUCUUAUUAUGACACCUACAAAAGGAAAGCUACAAAGAAGGAUAGUAUGUCUUCCCGGCAAGACUCUUCAUCCGUUUGGGAACAGUAUGAAUCUGGUAUCUACAGAAAACCACACUUGAAUGAAAAAGCUUUCGGAGGAACGCUAAGAUCAAAUGCAGCAAAAGAGACGAAUAAUACUACUCUGAACAGGAAUGGCAGUGCUGAACUUGGUACCCAAACUGUAGAAGCGACGGUCUCACGACCGGAUACGCCUCCAGUCGAUUACGAAGCUUUUGAGAAUAUGAAGAUCAAGCACGAAACAGGCAAUGGACGAACUACAGUAUACUAA